CAAACAUCCCCAAUUUCAUAUAAAACACUAUCCCCAAAUUGCCCCUCCCUCCACUCUCUCGCCUCUCAUCAUCAUUCACUUUUUUUUUUCCUCUCGCUCGCCCUCUCAUCUCUCUCUCAUGGAGAACCAGAAACGCCAUGAACAACCUACAAACUCCGUGAGAAGAAGCUUGAAGAGGAAGCUGGAGGACGAAUUCAUCGUGGAUCGGAAGAUCACUUCAUCUGAUGACGCGGCUCAACAAGAUCUAGUAUCUGAAGUUCGCGCUCAGGUCGAAAUCCUCGACUCUACUUUUUCAUCGAACGAAUCAGAUCGUGCUCUAGUCAAACGUUCGAUUCAUAUCCUCUCCGAGCUCGCGAAAAACGAGGAUAUUGUGAAUUUGAUCGUGGAAUCCGGGGCCGUUCCAGCGCUUGUACGCCAUCUUCAAGCGCCACAGUCAAAAGAAGUCGUUGCAGGACCAAGGCCAUAUGAGCAUGAGGUGGAGAAGGGAAGUGCUUUUACCCUAGGACUUCUGGCUAUAAAGCCAGAGCAUCAACAACUCAUUGUCGAUGCUGGAGCCCUGCCUCAUCUUGUUGCUCUCCUUAAGCGACACAGGGAUGGCCAGAACUCUAGAGCAGUCAAUGGUGUUAUAAGGAGAGCAGCAGAUGCAAUCACAAACCUUGCUCACGAGAAUAGCAGCAUCAAGACCCGUGUUAGGGUUGAAGGUGGAAUCCCUCCUCUUGUUGAAUUGCUUGAAUUCAUUGAUGCAAAGGUGCAGAGAGCUGCUGCAGGAGCCCUACGUACCUUAGCUUUCAAAAAUGAUGAAAACAAAACUCAGAUUGUGGACUGUAAUGCUUUGCCUACUCUUAUUCUAAUGCUGCGGUCUGAAGAUGCUGCAAUACACUAUGAAGCAGUUGGUGUGAUCGGGAAUCUUGUCCAUUCAUCCCCCAACAUCAAGAAGGAAGUUCUUCUUGCUGGAGCACUGCAACCUGUAAUUGAAUUGCUCAGUUCAAGCUGUUCAGAGAGUCAAAGGGAAGCUGCCCUAUUGCUUGGACAGUUUGCUGCUGCCGAUACAGACUGCAAGGUUCACAUAGUGCAAAGAGGCGCUGUUGGUCCACUAAUCGAGAUGCUACAGUCACCAGAUGCUCAACUACGUGAAAUGUCAGCUUUUGCUCUAGGAAGGUUGGCACAGGAUACUCACAACCAAGCUGGGAUUGCACAUGGUGGUGGUAUACCUCCAUUGCUGAAACUUCUUGAUUCUAGAAAUGGUUCUCUGCAACACAAUGCUGCAUUUGCCCUCUAUGGUCUUGCUGAUAAUGAGGAUAAUGUUGCUGAUCUUAUAAGGGUUGGUGGGGUACAAAAGUUGCAGGAUGGUGAAUUCAUUGUCCAACCAACGCGGGAUUGUGUAGCAAAGACAUUGAAAAGGCUAGAGGAGAAGAUCCAUGGACGGGUAUUGAGCCAUUUGUUAUACCUGAUGCGGAUUGCUGAGAGAUCUGUUCAGAGACGAGUUGCUUUGGCUCUUGCUCACCUUUGUUCACCUGAUGACCAGAAAACAAUAUUCGUUGAUGGCAAUGGACUUGGCAUACUUUUGGAGCUUUUGGAAUCAACCAAUUUGAAGCAUCAACGAGAUAGUUGUGUCGCCUUGUGCAAGUUGGCUGAAAAAGCUAGCUCACUUUCCCCUGUUGAUGCGGGACCACCAUCUCCAAUAUCUCAGGUGUAUUUGGGUGAGCAGUAUGUCAACAGUCCUACACUCUCUGAUGUAACAUUCCUAAUCGAAGGCAAACGCUUCUACGCUCACAGAAUUUGUCUCCUUGCUUCUUCUGAUGCAUUCCGAGCGAUGUUUGAUGGUGGAUACAGAGAGAAAGAUGCGAAAGACAUCGAAAUUCCAAAUAUUAGAUGGGAUGUCUUCGAAUUAAUGAUGAGAUAUAUAUACACGGGGUCGGUAGAUGUCAAUUUGGAAAUUGCACAGGAUCUUCUUCGAGCUGCAGAUCAAUAUCUUCUUGAGGGGCUGAAACGUCUUUGUGAGUACACCAUUGCACAGGAUAUACUGGUGGACAAUGUAUCAGUUAUGUACGACCUAUCUGAGGCCUUCAAUGCUGUGUCACUAAGGAAUGCAUGCAUUCUAUUUGUGCUCGAGAAUUUCGACAAGUUAAAUGCUAAACCAGGGUAUGGGGGUUUGAUCCAGCGUAUAAUGCCAGAGAUGCGUAAUUACUUUGUGAGGACACUUGGAAGACCUGUGGAAGCUGACAUGCGACAGUAGGCGAUUGAGUUUCAAAUUUUUUGAUCAAUUGAUUUUAACCAAACCUAGAUGAAAAAAAAAAAAAAAAAACAA